CUCACUUUUGCAGGAAACAACACCUCUGGGCGAUGUUUUUCACACCUACUCAGUUUCCUUUGUCAGGUUGGAAGGUAGUGGAGGUGGGCUGUGCAGCCCCAGUCACACUGUUCAGCUUUCACCUCUUCACAGGGACAAUGAUUCAAACCUUCGGCAUCAUAUUGUUCUUUCAGUUCUUCUCUCUAAAUGGGGCGACUGAGGCCGGCAUCUUCGGUGGUAAAGUUUCGAAGCCUCAUUCCAGACCCUACAUGGCUUCACUCCAGUUUCAUGGACAACACUCAUGUGGCGGGAUCCUCGUCCGGGACGACUUUGUUCUGACUUCAGCUCACUGCAAAAAGCCUCAGACGAUGAUGGUGGUGCUCGGCGCACACAACAUAAGCAAGGAAGAAAAAAGUCAGCAGAAUCUCACAGUGGCAGCUUACUUCACACAUCCAGAGUUCAAUGGACAAUAUGAUUAUGACAUUAUGCUUCUCAAGUUAAAAAACAAAGCAAAACUGAACAAGUAUGUGAAGCCCAUUGGAUUACCGAAGAAAAACGGGAAAACACCUGCCAAUGUAGCAUGUGUGGUUGCUGGCUGGGGCCGAACAGCAGUUAACGGGCCGGCCUCUCAUGUACUGAGGGAAACCACGGAGAAGAUUCAAUUCCCCAAGGAAUGCAAAAAUAUCUGGCAGAAAUACUUCCAUACUCUUCACAUGAUAUGCACCAAGUUUGACAAAAAGAAAGGAGGAAUUUGCCAGGGCGAUUCUGGCGGACCGCUGAUCUGCAACAGCAAACCUCAGGGUAUCACAGCUUUCACUGCCGAGAAUGACUGCGACAAUCCCAAGUUUCCCCAUGUCUUCAUGAACCUACAUUUCUUUCUUCCCUGGAUCAAGAAAACCAUGCAGGGGUAGAAGAGUGUAUAACAACCACUAUUCAGAGGCCAAGAAGUUAUUCCUUUCUUCACUUGAUUAUUAACGCAGCUUAAUAAAGCAAAAUUCGAAUUAAUUUAGCCUGAAAAGGGAAACUGGUACAUGUGAAUGUUUUGCAAAGGUAUGGAAAAAAAAUCACAGAUGCUUUUAUUUCAACCUAACAUCUUGCUGUACAGUUAAAGAAUGUGCCUUCCUUUUUCAAUAAUCCUUGUGCAAGUUUUGUCAACUAUGUACAAAUUUCUUUCUUUAACUCAUCUAAAAACUCUCUUGUCAGCAGCAGGUCUGAGUUAUUUCUGGGUGAAAGUGUGUGUCAGACUGAAUGGCGUGAGGGAGAAAUGGCGGUGUAGCAGACAAGGGCAGAUAUCGAAAGUAUCUCUGUGAGUGUGGUGGUUGUGGUGGAGAAGCCCCCCCAUGCACUCUGAUCAAACCCCGCAGGCCACCGCUGCAGAGCUCAAGCCUCCUCAGUCGUAGUGCAAACUUUUGAAGUUGAAGCGUUUUUUGUCAGUGAAACCUGUCAUCUGCAGAGAGAGGAGACAAAAUGUUUACAAGAAACAGCUCACCUUAAAUGACAUCUCAGUUCUUAUUAAGUCCGUUUCUAAAAUCAAUAAAGUCUGAAAACUCA